UGCUCAUGGAAGGCAGUGCCUUGUGCUGUCAUAAGCUGCUCUGUGUUAUUUGCAUUUAGAAAAAAAAAAAAGAAAAAAAAAAAGAGAGAGAGACAAAAAUCUAGUGAGAGCUAAGGUAGGAUGCGGUAGUAAUAGCCAAUAAUUAACAGAGUCCAGCAUGCCUCCCAGAUCCUAUUUUUACAAGCUGGUGCUGAGCUGAUCUCAUAAGAUGGAAUGCAAGCUGAUACAAUGUUGCAUAUUCUUUAUCAGGCGGUGGAGAAGGGGUUUUGUCUUGUAAGGGCAAGGUUUGCCUGCAACGUUAUCUAGAAGGCUCUCUAACAGUAGCUGCUGAUCACAGAGGAAGCUUUAGUGACCCAAACAAAGGGUGUUGCCUUUUAGUAAGCUGUGCUUUUUCAAUACAGGCAGGCAGAAAGCAGGUGUAUUACUCUGCUAUAUACAGAACGCUUGUCACUUCCCUGCCUGGGAUCCCAGAUACACAACACUGCUGAGCAUCUCCACAAAGCAGGAACUUGGAUUUGGCCACAACCGAAACUGCCAGACCUUGUUAAGGGUUUAAAUAAACACAGGCUGCAUUCUCAAGAGGAACCGUUUGCUCUACCUGAGCUGCACUUGUCCAGAAGUCUCAGAGCACCUGCUUGGUAGGCAAACUGAAGACUUCUAGAUUUAAAUCUCCGGUGUCAAAAUGAAUACAGAUAGCGGUGGAUAUGCUCGCAAGCGCUCUGCAAUGUCUGUCACACUAACAGCUGUGAAGAGAGUACAGAGUUCACCAAAUCUAUUGGCUUCAGGACAAGAGUCGCCUUCGUCUGAUGCAGAUAUCUGGAGGUCAUACAAUGAUUCUAUCAAAGAUGGUCUCAAUGGUGACUCAAGUGGUUCCUCCCUUGCAGCAAAAGGUUUUCGAAGUGUUCGGCCAAACCUGCAAGAUAGAAAAUCUCCGACACAGCCUCCAAUACCACCCCCCAGAAAAGGAAGCUUUCACAGAUCAUCAACUAAUUACCUGCAAAGUGAUCCCAGUCAACACUCCAUAACUACACUAAUCCCAUCAGAUGUUAAAACUUUUACUAAUAAGAAGAGCUCACAGUCCUCCACUAAAUCAAGUUCAAACAUGCUACAAACCCAAUCCACCACUAAUGCACAGGUUUCACUCUCUAAUACAAGUAUGAAAGCAGAACAUGUCAGCAGAAAACUCAUUCAUCAUGAACGUAGGCAUGAGUCUAAGGAACGUAGAGUUUCCACCCUAAAACUAAUCCUCCAAGAUCUCCCUUCUGAGAAAACCCGCUUUAAUACACUUCCAAAAGACCAUUCUUCUGCAGGUCCAGCACAUUCACUCAACCUUCUGUCUCAUGCUCCUAACCAAUCACCUAAAAAGCACACAACUUCCCUGUCUUUUGAGAUUGCUUCUAAGGCAGCUAUGAAGGCUGAAGAUAAAGCUGAAAACUAUGGAUCUCCAGCUGCACUUUCGUCUGACAGUUUGAAGGUGCCAACAAGUUUUUCUGGACAAAAGACAGCAAAGAGCCAAGUGACUCCAGUGACAGUGAAUGGAAGUUCAGGCAGCCCAGUCAGUCCACUGAGUCAUUUCCAGCGGCCCUAUUCACCAACAUACCCUUCACCUCCCUUGCUUAAUUCCAAUGCAGUCAUCAUGCAGCAUGGCAGGAUGUCAGAUUCUACAGACUCCUACUCCCAGUACCAGUCAGAAGUCAUCAGAAGCAGCAGUACCAUACCAAUCUGCAGAACCUCAGAAGAGGAAAAGAAGGUCACUGUAAUUAAAGCUCCACAUUAUGCAGGAAUCGGCCCUGUUGAUGAGUCUGGAAUCCCAACCGCAAUCCGAACGACAGUUGACCGACCGAAAGAUUGGUACAAGACUAUGUUCAAGCAGAUCCAUAUGGUACAUAAGCCAGACAAUGACAGCGAUUUUUCAAAUACAGCCUAUGCAUACAAUUCAGAUCAUUACAGCUCUGUGACUCCUGCCUAUUCCCAUCCAGCUGCAAAGACACAGACAUACCGGCCUCUGUCUAAAAGUAUUUCUGACAACGGCACGGAUAUAUUUCGAGUUUCAUCUCCUUUGCCUCCUCCCCCCGUACCUGUGCCUCCUCCAGCUGUGCCUCUCCGUCCUCGAGAGCAGACCUCUCCUGAGAAGAAUGAAUGGGAACCACCUGACAGAAAAGUAGACACACGCAAAUUUCGUUCUGAACCAAGAAGUAUCUUUGAAUAUGAGCCUGGAAAAUCAUCCAUCCUUGAGCAUGAAAGACCGAAUGACCGCAUAGAUCCAGAUGAGAUAGAUUUAGAAAAUGAACCAUGGUAUAAAUUCUUUUCAGAGCUGGAGUUUGGACAUCCGCCUCCUAAAAAACUAUUGGAUUAUGUUCAAGAAAGUCCCCCUCGUGUGUCUACUGAGACUUCCUUAUACCAACAGUCUAUUGAGAAGGGCAUUGACCCACCUUCCAGUUUGGCAAGUGACUACAGGAAACGAAGGAAGUCAGAGCCCAGUGUAAGUCACCAGAGGGCACACAGUGACCAGAAUGCGAACCGAGCCAGCCUAAGUAGGACAGAAGCUCAAAGCACAAACACAACUUUGAGAAAACCUUUUGUUAAUUCUUCACCACCUUCUCCCUCCCGUACAAAAGGUGGGGAUGUUAACAGAAUGUAUCCUCCCCUUUUCACCUAUUCUGUUCAUAAUCAAAAUGCCUCAUGUGAGUUAGAUUAUUGUGGUGGCUACAGUCACCAUUUAGAGGUUCCAGAUGAUACCAAACGGUCAAUCAGCUUUAAGAAUGGCUGGCAGAUGACACGUCAAAAUGCAGAGGUAUGGAGCAGCACUGAAGAAAAUGCAUCGCCAAAAAUAAAAUCUAGGAGUUGUGAUGAUCUCCUAGCAGAAGACCGCAGUUGCUUUUCCAAUACCCAGAUGAAAUCCGAGAGCAUGGGAUCCCUCUUAUGUGAAGAUAAAUCCAAGCCAGAUAGUCCCUUAGCCUGGGGCAGUUCUUUUGUUCCUGACAGCUCCUCUUCUGCAAAGAAAACAAGGAUCCGCCACAGAUCUGCCCAUGAUACUCCAGGCUUCCUAAAAUUGUACAAGAAGAUGCAUAGAAUAAACCGCAAAGAUUUAAUGAGUUCCGAAGUAAUCUGUUCUGUGAAAUCUCGAAUACUGCAGUAUGAACAAGAACAGCAAAAAGGUAUAUUAUCUGGAUGGCGGGAGAGUUCUGAAGAAGUGCCAAGGGAUAUGGUCCCUACUAGGAUAUCAGAAUUUGAACAGCUUAUUCAGAAAUCUAAAUCCAUGCCGAACCUUGGGGACGUAAUGUUGUCUGCAGUGAGUUUAGAUAUCUCUACUAACUCAUGCCCAAAGAGACGGUUUUCUAUUGAGUCUCUGCUGGAUGAAGAAAGCCAAGAGAGACAUAUUUCUCAGGUUCAGCAUAAUGUAAAGUCUAAAACACUUGUUCCAGUACAUAUUGAGGUAACAAGUGAUCAAAUGCCAAAGUCACAAAUCGAGCUCUCAGAUAGUGACCCAGAUGCUGUCGUGUCUGACCUGAGUGAUUUUAUACAGAUUGAAGGUUCUUCUUUUUGCAGUGAAAGUGACUUUGACCACUAUUCUUUCACAUCAUCUGAAAGCUUCUAUGGGUCUGGUCAUCACCAUCACCACCACCAUCACCACCACCAUCACCAUAGACACCUAAUCAGCUCUUGCAAAGGGAGGUGUCCAGCCUCAUAUACUCGUUUUACCACCAUGUUAAAGCAUGAAAGGGCUAAGCAGGAGAAAAUAGAGUCUGCAGGAAAACGAGAAUCCGAUCCUGGUCUAUCCAAAAUUGCAUUCCUUGUCAGCCCAGUGCCUUUUCGUAGGAAAAAGACCUCUACUCCUAAACGGCAAACUGAGAAGACCAGAUGUAAAGCAUCUGUAUUUGAAGCACUGGACUCUGCUCUUCAGGAUAUCUGUGACCAAAUAAAAGCUGAGAAAAGACGGGGAAGCUUGCCUGAUAAUAGCAUUCUUCACAGACUUAUUAGUGAGCUUCUUCCCGAUGUUCCUGAAAGAAACUCCUCUUUAAAAGCGUUUCCUGUAGCCACUGCAAAUCAGUCUUUUUAUCAGUUACCUCCUGAUGGUGCUAUCCAUUACCCAGCGUACCAGAAUGAUUGUGAAAGUCUGCCCGUCAGUGCCUCUUACCAGCAUGUAGACACAACUAACAACAACUCUCAAGAUAAUGCGUUCACGUUCCAAGCUGGUCAUGAUUCACCCCGAAACUAUUCAUCUGCAUUCACUGAUGUGAGCCGGAGCACUGCAAGAAGGGGGACACAGGAAAGAGAGGUAGCCAGAGCAGUGUAUGAUUUCAAGGCUCAAUCUGCAAAGGAGCUGUCCUUUAAGAAGGGAGAUGCAGUGUAUGUACUCAGAAAAAUUGACAAGAACUGGUAUGAAGGGGAGCAUCAUGGGAGAAUAGGAAUUUUUCCAAUAUCAUAUGUGGAAAAAAUUAGCCCAACAGAAAAAGCCCAGCCAGUGCGACCCCCACCUCCAGCGCAAAUCCGAGAGAUUGGAGAGGCCGUAGCCAAAUAUAAUUUUACCGCUGACACAAACGUGGAGUUAUCACUCAAAAAGGGUGACAGAGUAAUGAUUCUGAAGAAAGUUGAUCAAAACUGGUAUGAAGGAAAAAUACCUGGGACUAACCGACAGGGCAUUUUUCCAACAUCCUAUGUGGAAAUCGUCAAGAAGAGCCCAUCAAAAAGUGUGGGGGAUUCUCCUGAUCGAUCAAUACCUCAGAGUUAUUCAAGUGAAAGAUUGCACAACAUGAGUACAUCUACGUUGACUACAUCUAAAAGGAUCCGUACACCACCUCUUACUCUAAAGCAAGACGCAUCCCCGGGUGCAAACAGUAGUAAAGGGAAAUUAGGGGUUGUAACCAGCGAAUGGUUGUCAUUGACUGUUGGCUGUUCACCUUCAACCACACCUGCCCCAACUCCACCACCUUUUCCUCAACAUUUUGUAACUGGUGGAGAGAAUUUUAGCCCUUUGCCUCUAACUAUUUUACAGCCUGAACAGUUAAACUCAAGUUCUAUCAGUACCCGUAUAAAAGACGGACAAUUUGUACCUAUUGCAUCCCCAAAGACUGAUUCAAGUUUCCAUCUACCCAUUCCUUCACCAUUUCUUAACACUACCGCUCCCUCUCCUAUAAUUCAGGAGCUUGAGAUCCCAUCCUUGCCUGAAAUGAUUGAUGAGAACAUCAGGAUGUCUGAAAAACCAGAGCACUAUGGGGAUCAAACAGAAAGAAAGGGAGUUAUGGGGGAUAAACCAGUUACUGAAGGGUUCCCCGACAAAGGUAGAGCAUUACAAGUUGAGAGGACCGAUCACGUCCUCUUAGGUGCUACUGCAGGGACAUCGACACCCCAAAACCAAACUUCAUCUGAUGAACAGGAAGAGGAAAUCUGUCAAGAGCUGCUGUCAAUCAUUCAAGGGGGACAAAUGAAGAGUCAAGACUCAAGUUGUUACAGUCUUGUUCCUCCUACUGACCAACUCCCAAGUCUCUACAUAGAAGAGGAUGGGCCAAGUAAAAAACUAAACUCUCCAGUAGAGAGCAUAACGCAGCCUAUUGUAUGUUUUGAAGUGUACCCAGCCAGUGCAGAGAAAGCCUCACAGAGGCUUCCCACAUCCUCUUCUUCCCAACUUUCUUCUAGCCAUCCAUUUCAUGCUGUCAGCGUUCCUUCAUCUGACCCUCUGUGUACUCCAUGUCUGUCAAAUAUAUCACACUCCUCCUCUCCUCUAACCAAAUUCACAUCCAGGCAAGAAACACAAUCUCCACGGUUCAAGGCUAUUUUUAAAAGUGAUCUAGUAGUUGUUGGUAAGCCUCCUCGUAGUCCUGUGAUGUGCAGAAAAGCCUGCAGUUCACCAGUGAAAAGCCCGAGCACCACCCACCGGCGUGGCGUGUUUACUCAUGAAAAUAUCCAAACUUUGGGAGAACCGUACCAGUCCCUAUACAACUACAGUCCACGUAAUGAAGAUGAGUUGGAGCUAAGGGAAGGAGAUAUCAUUGAUGUCAUGGAAAAAUGUGAUGAUGGAUGGUUUGUAGGGACAUCACGUCGAACUAAGUUUUUUGGGACAUUCCCCGGAAACUAUGUGAAGAGGCUUUGAAUUAUUUUUUGUUGUUGUUGUUCUUCCACCUGUCACUGCACAUUGACGUCACUUUUGUAGGAAGCACAGUUCUGUUUUCUGAGUUGAGAGUCUAAUAUACACUUCACAUGUAAUAUGCCAAUAUUUUGUAGCAGUAUUCCAUCCUGUCAAGACUAUUUUAGACACGUAUAUUGCUACCUUCUCACACCUUGCUUCACGCUUUCUAAAAAAAAAAAUUUGAGAGCUCACAAUGUGAUGCCCAUGAUGAUGUCUUCGUGAGGUGCUGGCAAUGAUUAGCAAAUUAGAUAUUUUAUGUCAGACAAUCUAGCUACUGUGGGUAUUAGCAGACGAACACAGAUUUAAUUUGAUUGUGCUGGCUACAUGUUUAUAGAAAUGCACUCACACAGAAGGCAAAGAUUUGCAUUUGCAGCGGGUGUGUGUUUGACAACUUUAAUCAUAAUCUCAUGUUGAAAUCGCUUAUUUCACUUGUGCCCGAUGAAAAAGUGAUGCAAAAUAUAAGAUGACUAACUGAAGAUUGUUUAAUAUAUCACACUAAACAGUGCUCCCCACUGUAAGCUUUUCUUUUGAAAGAAAGGGUAUUCGUGAUAUAAUGUUUAUGAAAGCUUUGCCAGUGGAUCACAAUGACUCCCACAUAAUUACAGUGAACUAAAUUAAAAAAAUAAAUCUAUUUCUUAGGAAUUGAGAAAUAACAUUGGCUUCAAUUCAGAAAUAUUAACAAAAACUAUAACACAGUAUGUGCAUUAUUUGGUGAUAGCAAGCACGUUAAAAACAUGUUGUCCUAUACACCAAAGAACUCAAUUAGCAUCUGGGUUGGCCAUUUUCCCAUUCAUUUCUAUUUUCAUGUGAGAUGUUGGUUUAUAUAGGAUGCAAAUACGGUCCUACAAACAACAUAGAAGUGGAUAAGAAAAUGCUGAGGCAUACAAAGUGCAUCCCAUUGAGGCUGCAAAUACAGUGUACCUGUCAUGAGUGAAGUCGUAUCACGACAACAUUAGUUUUAAUGCUUCUUGAGGAAGGAUUGUCAGUAUCAACAAGUACUUCAUAUUUUUUGCAGGCCAUUGUAUGAAGGCAAAGGCUUAUUUAACCAUUUUAAACAUAUGUUUAAUGUCAUGAAACAGAUUGUGUUCACUACAAAUAUAUAUUUAUAAUAUUUUGAACAUUGAGUUACACAUUAUCUAGUGAUAUAGCAUCAAAAGGCAAUCACAAGUAUUAAAAUUGACAUAUGCUUACAUGUUUUGUGAAUGAAGUUAUUAUUUAAACACAGGGUAUUUUUUUCUGAAUUUACAAAUACAAGAUAUAGCAGUGCCAUACACCAAUGAUAAGUAGCUUACUAUUUGAAAAGUCAGAUUUCAGUGAGUUCAAUGUAGGUGUAUUUUGCAAAGGAGUCACCCACUGAACUUAAACCACUCCAAUAAACCCCGUUUAAACAUUUUAUAGCCCCUGGUCAACACUUUUCAAACAACCCUUAUGGGUGAAAAUCUAAAUCUGGUUUCUAGUAGAAUGUUCUGACAUUAGAAUACUGAAAUAUAAUGACUAUUAUUCAAAAGAGAAGAUUGUUACUGGGGUACUAAAUUUACCCUUAGAAUGACUGUACCGUUAUGUAGUUUUAUUAUUUGUUUAGCUACUUGACAAGUAGCAACUGUAUAGCAGGAGAUUGUAGACAAUGGACCUAUUCAGCGGUAUGUGAUAACCUUGUGAUAUUGUCAGUUGUAAUCACUGAAUAAUGAGUCCUACUGAAUUUUACAGCAUUACACAAAACCCGUAUUCCGUUCAUUGCUUUUCUUUUGGCACUUUAAUAUUUAGUGUUUACUGUGUUUCUCUUUUUACUAGGCUAACACUUUCUGCAUAGUUUCUGUACAUGUUUGCCUGGUUUGUUUUAUUUGUUCUUGCACAGUGCCUCCCCUGUCCAACUGCUCAGAAUCUGUAGUUAAUCUUCUCUUUGGAGUAUUUCAGACAGAGCCAGGCUAUUGCGUGCUCUCAGCCACAUUAAAUAUUCCAAAUCUGUAAAAAUAGCCUUUUCUCAAAGAUUUUGUGAAACAAUGAACUUGGAUUUACCGAUACUAUCUAAAUGUACAUAUUUAUUUGUUACCAAGAGCUAUUGAAGUACGUAACCAUCUCUUUUGCAGUAUACAGUAUUUCACGUUGAAGAAAAUAAAAAAGCUUUAUAUUUGGAAGGCUUUGAAUUUUAAACUUGUUCUACCGCAUGUUGCUUUGCUAUAGAGAUAACACCUAUCUUUGAUGCUGUUACAAUGGAGGACUCCUCAGUCUAAUGCCUGUAUUAUUUAAAAAAAAAAGGAAAAAAUGCACUGUUUUUACGCUAUGUACCAGAUAACAAAAACGUUUUCAUACCUGAUUGACAGGUAGUAAUCUUUAAGUUCUUACAAGCAAACAGUAUUUGUUUACUUUUCCAUUGCUUUGAGGGUUUUUUCUUUCUUCAAUAGACUGCUAAUAAAUUUUGCCUGGAAUAAA